UAAACAGACGCAGUAGCAGACGUGCCCGCUCCCGUCUGCCUGCCUUUCUCCUUCUCACACACUACAGAGAGCAGCGCUUUGACGCACCACGCAUAGUUGGAUUAUAGUAUUGCGCGCUGGUCUCUCGCCGGGUUUCUGGCACUCAUUUUACUUCCAAUUGACAUCCCAUCGGAAUCAGAAUAUCUCCACCACUGCAGAGUUUUGAGGACGAACUUGGCGCAACCGCUGCUCUAGCGCCGGACGCGUGCUGUGAAUUAAUAACCAAAGACAUCCUCACCUGGAGUGUGCGUUAACGGGCAAAGUGUAAUUGCUCGAAAGCACCUGGAUCACAUUAAGGAUCAAGACAUUUUCCUUGUUAGGAGACACUUAACACAGAUCUCGCCGCCGGAGGAUUCUGGCCACCGCAUGCCGGGGACAUGUGGAAGUUUGCGCCGCUGUAGCGCAGCCACAGACCCGGUCCAUCUCUAUAACUCAGUGGGAUCAAACUCCUACUUCACACGCUUUACGCACUCAGAGGACCCAAAUGUAAAAAGAAUAACAUCGUUUUUCUUUUAGAAAACCCAAACUUGGAAAGGAAGGAGCAGAGCAAACAUAAAAGAAACAGAGUGCGUUGCGUGCGGAGUUUGGUGAGCUCCUUCGAAAUUCCGAGGCUUUUCUCCGUAUUCUGCGGGUCUCGUAUCGGCCACCCACUUCUGCCGCAGUCAUGGUGGGAGCUGUGCGCUCCGUUGGCCUUGGCCGCUCCUUGGAGACUGCGCCGAGGCUUCUGCUCCUGGGGACCGUCCUCGUCCUGGUCUUGAUAAGCAGAGCAGACAGUCAGCCGUGCCCGCCUCAGUGUUCCUGCACCGGGACCACGGUGGACUGUCACGGCCAAGGACUGCGCAGCGUGCCCAGGAACAUACCCCGAAACACGGAAAGACUGGAUCUGAAUGCAAACAACCUCACUAAAAUCACCAAAGGGGAUUUUGCAGGACUGAGGCAUCUGAGAGUCCUGCAGUUAAUGGAGAACAAAAUCACCACAAUUGAGAGAGGAGCGUUCCAGGACCUGAAGGAGCUGGAGAGACUUCGCCUGAAUCGGAAUAAUCUGGCCGUGUUUCCUGAGCUGCUUUUCCUGGGAACGACAAAGCUUCACAGACUUGACCUGAGUGAAAACCAGAUCCAGGGAAUUCCAAGAAAAGCAUUCAGAGGAGCUGUGGAAAUCAAGAACCUACAGUUGGACUACAACCACAUUAGCUGCAUUGAAGAUGGAGCUUUCAGAGCGUUACGUGACCUGGAAGUGCUCACUCUGAACAACAACAACAUCAGCCGGCUGUCUGUGGCCAGUUUCAACCACAUGCCGAAGCUCAGGACUUUCCGCCUUCACUCCAACAACUUGCAGUGCGACUGUCAUGUGGCCUGGUUGUCCGAGUGGCUACGACAGCGCCCCCGCCUGGGCUUGUACACACAGUGCAUGGCCCCUCCUCACUUGCGGGGGCACAACGUGGCUGAGGUGCAGAAGAAGGAGUUUGUGUGCACAGAUGCAGAAGAAGGUCAUCAGUCGUCAUCAUCUUCCUCCUGCAGUGUGUUACAGUGCCCAGAGUCCUGCACCUGCAGUAACAACAUUGUGGACUGCAGAGGAAAGGGUCUGACAGAAAUACCCACCAACCUGCCUGAAACCAUUACUGAGAUACGACUGGAGCAGAACGCCAUCAAGGUGAUCCCAGCUGGGGCCUUUUCUCCUUAUAAGAAGCUACGCAGAAUAGAUUUAAGCAACAACCAGAUCUCAGAAUUGGCUUCAGACGCCUUCCAGGGUCUGCGAUCCCUGAACUCUUUGGUCCUCUAUGGGAACAAAAUCACUGAGAUUUCCAAGGGACUCUUCGAAGGACUGUUCUCGCUGCAGCUAUUGUUGCUAAAUGCUAACAAGAUAGCAUGUCUGCGGGUUGACGCAUUUCAGGACCUUCACAACCUCAAUCUGCUCUCUCUGUAUGACAACAAGCUGCAGACCAUUGCAAAGGGGACGUUCUCCUCACUAAGAGCAAUACAAACACUUCAUUUAGCUCAAAACCCAUUUAUCUGUGACUGCCAUCUGAAGUGGCUGGCUGACUACCUGCAGGACAAUCCCAUUGAGACGAGCGGCGCCCGCUGCACCAGCCCUCGGCGGCUCGCCAACAAGCGGAUCGGCCAAAUCAAGAGCAAGAAGUUCCGCUGCUCAGCCAGAGAGCAGUAUUUCAUCCCAGGUAAUGAGGAUUACCGCAGCAAGCUUGGAGGUGACUGCUUCGCCGACCUGGCCUGCCCAGAGAAGUGCCGCUGUGAGGGCACAACGGUCGACUGCUCCAACCAGAAACUGACCAAAAUCCCCGAUCACAUUCCUCAGUACACCACCGAGCUGCGUCUGAACAACAAUGAGUUCACGGUGCUCGAGGCAACGGGGAUCUUCAAGAAGUUGCCUCAGCUAAGGAAGAUUAACCUGAGUAAUAACCGUAUCAGCGACAUCGAGGAGGGGACUUUUGAAGGAGCUGUAGGGGUCAACGAGCUGAUCCUGACCUCCAACAGACUGGAGAACAUACACCACCGCAUGCUGAAGGGACUCGGUGGCCUCCGCACACUUAUGCUGAGGAGCAACAGGAUCAGCUGUGUGAGUAACAGCAGCUUCGUGGGGUUGAGUUCUGUCAGACUCCUUUCUCUCUACGACAACCAGAUCACCUCCAUGAACCCCGGCGCCUUCGACACGCUGCACUCUCUCUCCACGCUGAACCUUCUGGCCAAUCCCUUCAACUGUAAUUGCCACCUGGCCUGGCUCGGCGAUUGGCUGAGAAGGAAACGCAUCGUGACUGGGAAUCCUCGCUGCCAAAACCCUUAUUUCCUGAAGGAGAUUCCCAUCCAGGAUGUGGCUGUUCAGGACUUUGCCUGUGAAGAUGGAAACAACGAGAACAGCUGCUCUCCCGUUCUGAGGUGUCCGGCUGAGUGUUCCUGUCUGGACACCGUGGUGCGCUGCAGCAACAAAGGUCUCACCACGCUGCCCAAAGGCCUCCCGAAAGAGACCACUGAACUAUAUUUGGACGGAAACCACUUCACUCAGGUUCCAGUGGAGCUCUCCAAUUACAAACACUUAACGCUCAUCGAUUUGAGUAACAACCAGAUCAGCACGUUGUCCAACCACAGCCUCAGUAACAUGUCCGAACUGCUUACACUAAUCCUGAGCUACAACCGCCUGCGGUGCAUACCAGUGAGGGCGUUCGAUGGGCUCAAGUCUUUGCGUUUGCUAUCUCUUCAUGGUAACGACAUAUCGCUGAUUCCGGAAGGAGCCUUUAAAGACCUGUCUUCGCUUUCUCAUCUGGCUCUGGGUGCCAACCCUUUGUACUGUGACUGCCACUUGCAGUGGCUGUCCGACUGGGUCAAGAGCGGCUACAAGGAGCCCGGCAUCGCCCGCUGUGCUGGGCCCGGUGACAUGACAGACAAACUGCUCCUCACCACACCUUCUAAGAAGUUCACCUGCACAGGCCCGGUGGAUUUGAGUAUCCAGGCCAAGUGUGACCCCUGUCUGUCCAGCCCCUGUAAAAAUGACGGCACAUGCUCCGGUGACCCUGUGCACUACUACCGCUGCACUUGCCCCUAUGGAUUUAAGGGACAAAACUGUGAGGAGCCUAUUCAUGCCUGCAUCAGUAAUCCCUGCCAGAACAGUGGGACCUGCCAUCUGAAGGAAGGAGAUGGAAGCCACUUUUGGUGUGUGUGUCCGGAGGGCUUCGAAGGCGACACGUGUGAGAUCAACAUUGACGACUGUGAGGACAACGACUGUGAGAACAACUCCACCUGCGUGGACGGAAUCAACAACUACACCUGCAUGUGCUCACCAGAAUACACAGCUGCUACCAAUGAGGUGGAGAGAGGGGAGUUGUGCGAGGAGAAACUGAACUUCUGCACCCCAGAGCUUAACCCGUGUCAGCACGACUCAAAGUGCAUUUUGACCCCUCGGGGAUACAAGUGCGAGUGCACUCCCGGGUAUGUAGGUGAGCAGUGUGAGCUGGACUAUGACGACUGUGAAGAGAACAAGUGUCAGAACGGAGGUCAUUGCAUUGAUGCCGUGAACGGAUACACCUGCAUCUGUCCAGAGGGAUACAGUGGGCUGUUCUGCGAGUUCACUCCCCCAAUGGUCCUCCCUCGAACCAGUCCCUGUGACAACCACGACUGCCUAAACGGAGCUCAGUGCGUUGUUGUGGGAACGGACCCACGCUGCCAAUGUCUCCAUGGAUACGAGGGCGAGCGUUGUGAAACGCUCGUGAGCGUGAACUUUGUCAACCGGGAGUCCUACCUGCAGCUUCCCUCCAACCUCCUCUCACCACAGACCAACAUCAGCUUACAGAUUGCUACUGAUGAGGACAGCGGCGUCUUGUUGUACAAGGGUGACAAUGACCACAUCGCAAUGGAGCUGUACAGGGGACGUCUCAGGGUCAGCUACGACACUGGGUCCUACCCGCCUUCUGCGAUAUACAGUGUGGAGACGGUGAAUGAUGGUAGUUUCCAUUCUGUGGAGUUAGUAGCAGCUGACCAGACGUUGUCGCUGUCCAUUGAUGGCGGACCCCCCAAAUCCAUCGGCUCCAUCAGCAAACAGUCCACGCUCAACCUAGAUUCCCCACUUUACCUGGGAGGAAUGCCAGAGCAGGCAUCGGCUUCUGGCGGCCUUUCUGCACUGCAGCUCAGCUCCGGAGGCCGUAACGGCACCAGCUUCCACGGAUGCCUCCGUAACCUCUACAUCAACGGAAAGCUCCAGAACUUGGGAGCCGGGCGUGACCAAAGCUCUCCAGGUCCAGAGACUUUGCGGAGCUACAGACAGUGGCUGGGAAACGGGGUGGAACCAGGCUGCCAGCCGUGCCAGAGGGGUGCCUGCGUCCAAGGCGACUGCCACCCAACGGGUCACCAAGGUUUCACCUGUACCUGCCAUCCCGGGUGGACAGGGGCUCUGUGUGACCAGCAAGUUAGCAAUCCCUGCGAUGGAAACAAGUGUAUUCAUGGUACCUGCCUUCCAAUCAACUCCUACUCCUACUCCUGCGUCUGCCAGCCUGGUUUUGCUGGUGUUCUCUGUGAUGCGCAGGACCUGGAUACAGCUAACCCCUGCAGCCUGUCUCGCUGCAAACACGGCAAAUGUCGAGUGUCAGGCCUGGGUAAAGCAUACUGCGAGUGUAACAGCGGAUACACAGGGGAGGCAUGUGACAGAGAGGUGGCCUGCCGAGGGGAACGGGUCAGAGAUGUCUACCAGAGACAGCAGGGCUACGCGGCGUGCCAAACCCAGGAGAAGGUCUCCCGUCUAGAGUGUCGAGGCAGCUGCCCGGGGGGAGCAGACGGACAGGGCACCUGCUGCACCCCCCUCCGUAGCAAACGCAGGAAAUACACCUUCCAGUGCACUGAUGGGUCUUCUUUUGUCCAGGAAGUAGAAAAGGUUGUCAAGUGCGGCUGUACAAAGUGUUCUUCGUAA